UUUAUCAGCCUGGUUACCAUGGGAAAUGGGCCUUCGCCGAUUACCGGUGCGGCCGACAACUUCACCGCAUCGCAGAAUUCCCGCUGCACUCUGUUCAGUGCCGAUUCGGAGGAUUAUAAAUGUGUCACUGUCAUUGCUGUAAAGCGAGCCUCUGCUGCAUUCUCUCUACUUGCGUGUUCCUUUAUGCUUCUUGUGAUAUGGUUAUUCCGAAAGUACAACUCUUUGGCCCAGAAAAUGAUCCUGAGCCUGACUGUGGCUGCACUGUUUGACAGUAUUGCCUAUCUGAUGGGAGAAGUUAUCCCAGAUGGUGUCCUUUGCAACUUUCAAGCCUGGUGGCUUACAUACUUUGACUGGUGCUCCCUGGCUUGGGUUUGUUGCAUAACAGUCAACCUAUAUUUCAACUUGGUGAAAGAAAUCAGAACAGAUCGCUUUGCAGUUGCGUAUUAUGUUGCUGCCUGGGGUGUGCCUUUCAUUCUAUCCUGUCUUCCGCUCUUUGGAGAUUAUUACGGCCCUGCGGGGGCAUGGUGCUGGAUUACAGAUGAUCAUGUUGCCUGGAGAUUUGGCAUAUGGUACAUCCCAUUGUUUGUCCUCAUCUUUCUAAUGAUGUCCUGCUACAUUCACAUUUUUUAUGUGGCUAAACGGAGGGUUUUAACUUGGUCUGGCCCAUAUGAUCCUGAAAGAGAAAGAAGCAAGAUUUUAUUAACUCUGGAAAUCAAGCCACUUAAGUGGUACCCAUCUGUAUACCUGGCGGUGUCUCUUUUUCCUCUCAUUAACAGGCUGCACAAUGCAUUUGAUCCUAGCCAUCCUGUUUUUGUCCUGACUCUCCUCCAUGUUAUUACUGCUCCAUUGCAUGGACUGGCCAAUGCCAUUGUGUUUGGAUUUGACAGGGAAACAUGGAGCCAGCUGAACUUAACAUCUCUACAGCUUGCUUUCCAGUCCAGAUUUUCUGAUACGACAUUGAUUAAGGAGUACCAACCAGGGCCAGUGCGCUACAUGGCCCAUUUGGAAAGCGAUUCCUCAGACUCAUGUGAUGAUGGCACAGGAGCAAUUUAUUCAUCCACCGUGACAUCUAGGGACAGGAGGCCCUGACAACAGAAACACCCUGCAACUGAGCAUGUGCACUGUUGGACUCCUAGACAAAGGAAGAACCCCUCCGUGACACUAGAAAUGAGCUGUCAACCCUCAUUAUUAAUUCUAGGGUCUUAAUAUUUAAUGUCAUAAAACUGGAACAGAAGCUUCAGAUUUGUAGAGGAGGCACCACGCUAAACAUAAACACAUAGUUAAAGAGAUUGUUCCUUUCAGCUGUGUCUGGUAGCUGUGCUACAAAAUAAAAAAAUGAUAGUCUAAAGCUAAUCAGAAAAAAUAAGAAAAUAAUUUUAAGUAAGAGAACAUUGUUUGAGUAAAUUGAUGUAAUGACCAUAUCUGGAAAGUUAAGUGCAGUGUUUUAUUUCAAAAUGAAUACAUUUACUUUAUUGAGGGCACUAAGUUUAAAAUUGUUUUUCGCUUUAAUUAAAUGUGCAUGUUUUUAGUACAGCACAUUCUCAAUUUGGCUGGCUUACCUAUCUGGUUCAGGUUGUGUGGCAAAAUUAUAAUAAGUGGAAAUAUUACAUUUGUCCCUAUACAAUAAGCUGUGAGGAAAGCAGACUGUUCAGGGGGUAGGGAGGUUGAAGAGGAGAGGAAAUACACAGCUGCAGAAUCCUUAGUAUACACUGAGACAAAAUGGUGGAGGCCCAAAACUACUUGACCUCUUUUUGAAAAAUGUUUACAGUUUUAUUUUGACAUCAGUUACUUAAAGUGCCCAGGUUACUGAAGAUAGCUCUUUUCAAAGAUCAAGCAAACAUUACAGUUAUCUGUAGAUGCCCGGGCCCAUAAAAUUUGUAGCUUAGUAGCUAAUUU